AUGGCGGCUAGUCGACUAAUUCCGCCCCGUAUGCGACAGCCCAUCGAUUUUGUCUUUGUCAGGUGGAAGAGCGAAGAGAGUAUUGGGGGAUCAUCCUCAUUCAUUAAUGGAUUGUCGGCGGUGGUGAAAAGAAGACACCGUAAAAAAUUGUUGGCCCUCUCACAAACGCAAGCACCAAGAAAAGCAAAGCGAUCUCCACAACACAUCGAUAAUUUUGUCGUCAAUUUAUCGUCCACCCAACUCACACAGCCGGAGUUGGAGUUGUUGAACAAGGGAUUGAAUUUUGCUGUUUCCCCUUCGUGCCCCCCUGUUGCCGAUACAGUAAACAAUAUUGAAAGUGCCAUUCAGUACAACAGUUUCGCAUCUAAAUCAGCAAUUCGUCAUGAUGUUGAACGUUGUAUGUCGAAUGUAACACGCGCACAGAAGGACGAUAAACAGCUGAGUUUUGAUGCGUGGUGUACAAUACGCCAGCUUAAGGCCCGUGAUGUUGUAUACUCUCGUGCGGAUAAGGGGAAUGCAGUGGUGAUCAUGGAUAAACAAGAUUACGAUGCUCGUGUUUUAGAUAUGAUCGCUGCUGGCCCGUACGAAGAGUACAAGUUUAAAAACGGGAAACCCAAAGAUCCACUCAAUACAAUGACAGAAGAAGCUAACACUGUUCGGCAAAAGGUUGCGCGUCUGAUGGGAGAGGAUAAAUUAGAACGUAAGUUUCAUGUCCCCAACCCGAAAGUUGCGUCCUUGUAUUGCCUGCCAAAAAUCCAUAAAAGUCCACUGGCGAUGCGUCCUAUAUCGUCAAACAUUUGCACACCGACGGAAAAAAUGGCUGCAUGGGUGGUGGACGAAAUGAAAAAUUACCCCGUAACACAUGGUAUGAGCGUUAAAAACUCCGUAGAACUGGUGGAUUAUCUAAAAGAUGUAGAGAUAAGAAGAGGUGAAGCUCUAGUUUCAUUUGAUGUCACUGCUCUGUUCCCCAGCGUUCCAGUGACUGAUGCAUUGAACAGCUUGCGCAGACACCUAGAACGCAAGAAAGCACCACCCAAUCACAUCGAAGCAUAUUUGCUGAUUACCGAAACCUGUAUGAACCAAAACUUCUUUUCGUUCAGGGGGAGGUUUUACAGGCAAGUAUUUGGGCUCAGUAUGGGCAACAAGUUAUCCCCACUUUUGGCAGACCUUUUUAUGAGUGACUUUGAGGUGGCACUAUCGACCGAGAAAUACUUCCCUCGAGUGUGGAAACGCUAUGUGGACGAUAUUUUUGCAGUCGUGAAAGAACGCUAUCUUAUACAAACACUCGAGUUGUUGAACUCCCGUCACAGAACGAUAAAGUUUACGGUAGAGAAAGAAACCGAUGGGUCACUGCCAUUCUUGGAUCUGACGAUAAAGAGAAACGGAGAUAACACACUGAAGUUCUCAAUAUACCGAAAACCAACAGCCACAGACAGAUACAUAACAUCCGACUCUAACCAUUACGGCGCCCAGAAGCAAGCAGCAUUCCAUUCUAUGGCAAACCGCCUAUACAACAUACCGAUGGACAGAAAAGAUUUUGAAACCGAGAGAAACAGGAUACAUAAAGCUGCUGAGUUGAAUGGGUAUGACAAAGACUUUGUAAACAAAAUUCUCCGAAAACAUCAACGGAAAAAACACAGGCUAAAUUGCACAACACUAAAACCGGAAAAAGAAGAACAGCAUAGAAUCAGUCUUCCAUUUUACCCAAAAAUAACCAAUCCCGUCCAAUCCGUACUACAGAAACAUGAUUUCUAUGCUGUUUACAAAAGUGAAAACACCUUGAAAGAUCUGUUGUGCAAUUCAAAAGACAAAGUACCCCCGGAUGAAAAAUCAGGUGUCUACCAAAUCCCCUGCAAAAACUGCUCCGCGGUUUACAUUGGCCAAACACGACGGAAAUUAAAAGUGCGACUGCGAGAGCAUAAGAAUGCAGUUGACAACGAUCGGGCUAAUGAAUCGAGCGUGGCAGCACACACCAUAUCCCAAAACCAUGCCAUCGACUGGGAAAAUGCAAAAUUAUUAAAAAAUGUACGAAAAACAUCGAACCUAAACGCAUGGGAAUCAAUGUACAUCACCACCGCCGACAAUCCAUUAAUGAAUGAGGAUGAUCCCCCAAUACUCUCUUCGCUCUUCCACCUGACAAAGCUGUAA